AGGGCUUUCGACUCGCACUGAUACGGGUGGUUUAAACAUCCACAUGGAACAAAACGGAGAGGGUCUGUCUCUUGGGGAGAUGGCAGUGAAUGGAACACUGAAUGCAGGGCAUUCACACAAUCACUAUGAGCUGCUGGCUUGGCUCAAUGAAAAUUUGCAGACAGGCUUCACCAAGGUGGAGCAGGUAUGCACAGGUGCAGCCUUUUGCCAGCUGACACACUGGAUGUUUCCUCAGUCCCUGGACCUUUCCAGGGUCAGGUUCCAAAGCACUAACAUGGUGGACACUAUCCACAACUACAGUCUACUGCAAGCCGCAUUCAGAAAAGUUGGGGUGGUCCGACACAUCCCCAUCGAGGCGCUGAUUAAGAGGAACUGUGCGGUGGCUCAGACCUUCCUGCAGUGGUUUAAAGUGUUUUUUGAGGAGAACAACAAUGGCAAGGAGUACCAUGCCUUGGAGGCCAGAGGGGGGCAGAAUAUGGUUCCUCAAUUUUAG